CUUUGCAUAUUCUUUAACAAUAUCAAAAUGGAUGAAGUGUUCAAAAGAGAGCCAGAAACCCAGAAAGACUUAGAAAGCAAGGUGAAGGAAUACAAGUGCAUUCUUGCAGAAAAGGCAGAGGAAUCCAGGGUUUUGAGAAAAAAGGUUGAGGAACUGGAGCUUAUGAUAAACAAAUCUCAGUUCUACUGUGAUGCUGUUCAAGGUAGGCUAGAUUCGGUCAAGGAACUUGAAUCCUCAGGUUCAUGCUGCAGUGAUGAGGAGCUGGGGAGUGACCUCAGCCAGUUGCGAGAAAGAGUCACAAGCUUGGAAGGACUUUUGAAACUCAAGGAAAUUGCUGAAAAAGAUCUGAGCAAUAGCGUUAAUGAAUUGGAGAAAAAGUUAGCACUCAAAUGUGAGAAGGAACAAAUGCUUCUUCUGCGAUAUGCCAAAAUGGACCAGCUAGUGAAGCAAAAGGAAGAUGUUGAAAGAAGACUUCAGGAAAGGUACAGUCAGGUGGAGGAACAUAAGCAGCAGAGUGAAAAUUCAGAGGAAGAGCAUGAGGAGAAGAUUAAGAAGUUGACCAGAGAAAUCACAGAGAGGGACACUGUGCAAUCUAAGCUUGAAACAGCCAACAGUGAUCUGGUUAAACAUGUUAAUGACAUCAAUGAUUCGAAAAGGCUACUCGAGGCCAAAGUUGACCAGUUGAAUGGUGAACUAGAACAGAAGGUCUACAGUGAAGCGAAACUCAACCAGCAGUGUUUACAAUUAGAAAAAGCUAAUAAGGACUGGGAGAUCCUUAAAGAGCAUCAGAGAGAGCAGUUUGCAAAAAGGGAGAAUAUGCUUAAGUGUAAAAUUAAAAGUCUUAGAAAAGAGCUUCAAGACAAAGAUGAAGCCUUACUAGGCAAAAGGUUUCUUGUGCUACAGCAAAUGAAUCAAGAUGAAAACCACCGUGAAAUGGCAGAAAGUGCUCAGGAGAUGGUGAUGGAAAAAGAGAAACAUCUAGAGGAGCUGGAGAGAAUGGUGGAUUCUGAAAAAGACUCGGUUGGAACAAUCAUCAAGAUGAAAACCAAGUACGAAAUAGAAAUUAACCAGAAAGAUAGAAACAUUGACGAACUGACAGAUGAACUUGAUAACCUCAACGAGGAGAUGAGGGAAUUACAGGAGCAACUCAGACAGCAGAAGGAGUUAGAAAGAACGCUUCAAGAGAAGAACAAGGUGCUGCAAGACCUACUUGAAGAUAUGGAGAAAGGCAACUCGAAGAAUGGGCAAGAUAAGAUUGCACGCAUGGAGAAGCUGUUGAGCAUGAGAGAUGAAACUGUGCAAGAGCUCCAGGACAGGGUAGCCAGUCAAGAACAUCUACUUAAGGAAAUGGAGGAGACCCAAAGAAGGUUAUCCCACCGCAACCAGGAGUUGGGCACCAAGCAACGUGGGCUUAGUGACGAAGUUCACAGGUGGAAGGUAAAGUGCUCCAACUAUGAACAACGUGAAAAGGAAGCAAGGGCUGAAAUUAAACAACUGAAGGAGGUUAUUAACAAACAUGAGUUCAAAAACACAAACUAUGAGUGGCAACUGAAAGAAAAAGACAGUGAGAUAAAAGAGCUAAGUGCCAUGAAGGAUAAGGAAGUGGCAAGCUUAUUGGCCGAACUUAAACGGUUAAUGUUGGAGUUUGAAAGCAGGGAGAAUGCUUUGCUGAAGGAGAGACAAAACCUGGAGGGGCAACUGAAGAAAAAAAGAAAGGAACUAGAGGCCUCUGAGGACAACUAUCAAAAGCUGAAGCGACAGUUUGAAUCGUUAGAAGAAAAGGAGUACAUACUGAAACAAACAGAAGCUGCACUUCAGCUCGGCAAUAAAAUGCUUGACACCCAGCUAUCACAAAAAUCUCAGCUUGUGAUAUUGUUAGAGGCAACAAUAACCAAAGAACAACAGAUGUCCAACAACAUGAAAAAGGAGGUGUGCAUUAAAGAUAUGAAUAUCAAAAGACUUCAAGAGCAGGAAGCAAUGUUGCAGUCAAGAAUAAAAGACUUUGAAGAGGACAUGGAAGAGGCGAGGAUUGAAAGGAGCCAACAGCCUGAAAUUCAGCUGGGUCACCAGGAUUUCCAGGUCCUCAGACAGCGGGUGAAGGAUUUGGAGCGCAGUCUCCAAGACAAUGUCAGCAGCUUCACGGAAUCAGAGGCAGCCCUUAGAAACAGAAUAAAAGAACUGGAAACAUCUGAAAAGAACUUCCUGGUUAAGAUAGAUGAUCUCAGGACAAAGACACAGCUACCCAUCCUCACCAGAUCACGGCAAGAACGGAAACUUCAACAUCUACGUGAGGAGAUAAGAGCAAUGGCAGAAGAAAAGGAGAAAUCAGACAGGGCCAUGAAGGAAAAGCAGCACCGACUGCAGGACAAGAUAAAAAUAAAGGAAGAUGAGAUGAAGAAACAGUCUGAGUAUUUUGAGCACUACAAACAGAAGCUGCAGCACAAGAUGAUGCUUCUAAAAGAAAGGGAGCAGUGCCUUCAAAGCCAGGUCUUCAGACUGGAGAAAGACAUGAUCGACCUCACCGCCACUGUGGCUCUCCUCAGGGCCCAGCUGGAGCGGCACACUUCGGACGCUGCAGCCUCUAGGAAAACCCUGGGAUCCAUAGAGUUUGAUGCAGAGAUGACCAGGAUGGCCUCCUUCCAUGAAGACGGUGAAGGCAGGAUUAAAGCCCAUAUCCACAGCCUCCAGGAUGAAAUGAACAGUUUGCUGGAAAGGGAGGAAGUGAGCCACAGAGAAAAGAGGGAGCUGCGGGACAGGCUGCAGCAGGCUGAGGAGAACGAGGAGUUUCUGGCUAGGAAGCUGGAGGAUUUCCGGUCUCGCAUUCACGAACUGAAGCUGUCCGAGAGCAGCCUUCUGGAGGAGGUGGAGGAGCUGCAGGGUGAGAAUGAGCUGCUGAAAAGAAAACUGUCCGAGGUGGAAGAAGACCGGCUCUCUAGGGGAGAAGAUGCUCAGCAGGUGAAACAGCAGCCUGGGAAACAGGAAGAACUUGACACUGUUGAUAAUGAUGCUGUGGGUGAAUGUGAACUGAAGGAAAAAGAAAUUCAACUAAAAGGACUUGGAAUGCCACAAAAGGAUUCCUUGAAGUCUAAUCAGCUGAAUAGACUUUACAACACAAUCACAGAGCUCAUGGAAGAGCAGGAUUCACAAAGCCGAUACAAAGAACUGAGGAGCACUCUAAGCCACCUUCGAUCCCAGCUUCAGACUGGGGACAUCAUCUUCAGAGAGGAGCUGCUCCAGUUGAAGUGGGAGGCUAUACUGGAUCCAUCUCGCAACAAAGCAAUUCAGACCCCUUCACUGAUACAGUGCAUCAAGGAAGCAGUUACCAUUGCAAGAUUGGUUCCACAGUAUGGAAAUACAAACCUGUGUGCCUGUGAGGGUUUGCUGGAGCCGACUCUUAUCCCGUUCUUGGAAAACAACUCGUGUGUCUUUGCAGAUGUCAUGCAAGCUGUCCGUUGUGGGGAUUUAGAGCAGGUCAAUCUAUACCUCCAGAGGCCAGACAUUCAAACAAAACUGUCAUUGUUACUUGGAUCAUCUCCAGAGCAAGACAGUAAAAGACUGUCAACAUUCUGGAUGAAUAAUUCUACCCAAAGAGUCCAGGAAAAUGAAAAUGAAAAUGAAGACAUACCUCCCUCAGCCCAGAAGGACACUAUAGGGAUCCAACCACAACCUGACCUGUUGGAGCUUGUAAGCCACAAAAUUCAGAAUACCAAGUCAGACUUCAUUUCCCUAGUCACAAAAACGCUAGAUGUUGAUUGUAACAAUAUGGACAACAAUCACAUCGCCAGUGACUCUGUUCAUGGGUCUCAUAGUUUUAUGAUGCUAAAAUCUCCAACACCAAAUACAGAGUCUCCAACACUGAAUAUAGAAUCUCAAACAAAUAUAGAAUCCCUCAAAGAAAUUAUUCUGAACCUUGAAUCUGAAGUACAAUGUCUACAAAAUGAGAAGACAGACUUGGAAAACAGCUUACGCAGUAAAGACGGUCUGAUACAAAAAACAUCUGAGGAGAAUGCCAAACUAGAAGAAAAUCUGAGGUUGGCUGAGCAACAAGUUCAGUUGUUUUCCCAGGAGCUGGAAGCUGUAAAAGGGGAAAGCGAUUUAAAAUUGGAAACAACUAAAAAUAACUGGAGACAGGAAAACAAAGUUCUGGGGAGACAGAACGAGGAGCUUCUCAAUCAGAUUGCGAUACUAGAAGCAAAUCUUCAGAGCCAGGUGGUUAAAAUGCAUGAGGAGAACAUUCAGCAUCAGCAAUACCUUCUCAGACUAGAGGAUGAGAAAAAACAGAGCUCCUUCUUAAUUUCAAAGCUACAAGAAAAUAUGGAAGAGAAGGCCAAGGUGAUUGUUGCCCUACAGGAAUGCUCAGCGGAGAUUACUCGAGUGCAAGCAGACAAUGCGCAGCAUCAGCUGAACAUUUCUAAACUGGUAGAGGAGAAAAAACAGAGCUCUCCCGUAAUGUCAGGCUUACAGGGAAACCCAGAUAAGAGUUCUGAGGUGAUUGUUGGUCAGCCGAAAGAGCUAAAAGAAAGCUCUGAAGAGAUCCUUUGCUUGCAAAACGAGAGUGUUCAGCAUCAACAGAACCUUUCCUUGCUAGAGGGUGAUAAAAAACAGUAUUCUGACUCAAUUUCAGAGCUACAAGAAAAAGUGGAGGGGGGUACGAAGGUGAUUGUUGAUCUACAGAAAGAGCUGAAAGAAAGCUCUGGUGUGAUCAUUCAUCUGCAAGAAGAGAUCAGUCAUUACCAGCAGACCAUUUCCAAGAUGGUCGAAGAGAAAAAGCAGUGCUCCUAUUCUAUUUCAGAAAUGGAAGAGAGUACUAAGGUGAUUGCUGAGCUCAAAGAAGCCUGUGGAGAAAGUGUUUGUGUGCAAGAACAGAGCCUACAGAAUCAGCAGAAGCUUUCCAAGGUAGAGGAUGAGAGAAAACAGUGGGGCCUCAGAAAUGCAGAGCUACAGGAACAGAUAAAAGAGGGUUCUGAUGUGAUUGUACAUCUAAAUAAAUCCCUAGAAGAACCCCUGGGAGAGAUCAUUCAUCUACAAGAAGAGAAUAAUCAGCAGCAGCAGAUCAUUUCAAAGCUUGUGGUUGAAAACAAACAGCACUUCCAAACAAUUUCAGAGCUGCAGAAAAAUAUGGAUGAGAGCAGUGAGGUGAUUGUUAACCUAAAGAAAUGGCUGCAGGAAAGCUCUGUGGAGAUUACUCGUCUGCAAGUAGAGAACGUCCAGUAUCAGCAGAACAUUUCGAAUCUGAUGGAGGACAAAAAACAAUGCGCUCUUACAAUUUCAGGACUACAGGAAAAGAUGGGAGAGAGUUCUGAGGUGAUUGCUAACCUACAGAAAGAGCUAAAUGAAAACCAUAAGGAGCAAAAGCAUCUUCUAGCAGAGAACGCUCAGCAAUUGAAGAAACUUUCCAUGCUGGAAGAUGAGAAAAAACAGUGUUGUUACACAAUUUUAGGGCUACAGAAAAAGAUGGAAGAUAGCUAUCAGAUUGUUGAUCUGAAGAAAGAGCUAAAAGAACGCUCUGGAGCAGUCAUGUGUUUGCAAAAUGAAAACGCCCAACAUCUUCAGAACAUUUCUAAGCUAGUGGUUGAGAAUAAACAGUGCAUCAACACAAUUUCUGCAUUGCAAAAAAAGGUUGAAGAGAGCUCCAGUCUGAUUGCUGAGCUUGAAAAGGCCCUGAAAAAAAGUUCUGGGGAAAUCGUUUGUCUGAAAGAGGAGAACUCUGAAGUUUCACUAAAAAUGAACACCCUCAUUGAAGAGAAAGAGAAUUGUGUUCAAAAGCUCUCUGAACAGAGAGAAGAGAUGGAAAAAAGCUUCAAGGUACUAUCUGAGCUCCAAGGCGAGAAAGAGCACUGUCUCCAGAAAAUAUCUGAACUAGUAGAAGCCAAUAAAAUGAUUGAGCAUGAAGUUCUGAAGCUUAAAGAAGAGAAAGAAAUAUAUUCUCAAAAACUUUUAGAUCUGCAAGUGGAAAAUGAGAGAGGCAAGCAGACAGUGAGUUGCCUACAAGAACAGAAAAGAGAUUUGGAAAGACAAAUGGGUGUCAUUCAGAGAGAUGAAAGCAUCAGUGCCGAAAAUAGGGAACUGAGAGAAAGAGUUUUAGUUUUGGAAGACUGCAAAAAAAUAAAUAUGGAUGAGACUGUAAGAGGGCUGAAGGGUGAAGCUGACAGAUUAAUGAGAGACAAUGAGCUGUUGUUGGACCGAAUCGACAACCUAGAAUUGAACCAAGCGGCAGAGGUGAAGAUAAAUCUGGAACAAGCUCACCGAGAAAAAGAAAUACUGCUUCAAAAAGUAAACAUAUUAGAAAAGAAAUCUGCAGAGCAAAGUAAUAAAAAGGUGAAAGUAGAUAAAGCAUGCCAGGUUGCAAGGAGUAGUUUACUAGCAGUUAACCAAGAAGAGCAAAGAGAAUAUGUGGGAGCCCCUUCCCAUAAGGCAGAGGACAAUGCAAUAUCAUCAAACUCAGAAAAUGCACUGCAGAAAAAGGACUUAAUCUCAUCCAGGAAUGAAGUGGAUGGUGAUGUCACACACACAAAAAAGUGGAUGUUGAUGUCAUACAAAACUGGGAAUCUGGAAAAUACUAUCCAGGAGCAGCCUGGAGUGACUGAAGAAGACAUUGAUUUGAAAAAGCAGCUUGAAAGAACAGAAACAAAACUGAGGGAAUCCCGGGGGGAGUUAGAAAAAACAAAGGCUGAGGCACAGAAGUGGUACAAAGACCUGGGUUUUGCAGAGUCGAAACGGGAGGAUGCUGUGAAAAAAUUGUCCCAGGCAGUGAAUGAAGUUAAGAGAAUGAGGGAAGCUUCAAAAGAUUCAGAAAUUAUGAAAAAUGAGAAUGUUAAACAAAGAGAUAAGAUAAGCAAAUUGACAAACAGAAUCCAAGAACUGGAGGAUCUACAGAUAGAUGCCUUGGCACAUGAACAGCACAUUUUAACAUUACAAUCCCAGCUCAAAGACCAGGCAGCUUUGGAGAAGAGUCUUCACGAUUUACAGGACAAACUUGUACAGCUAAAGACACAACUUAGUGUACAGUCUUCUGUUGGAAAUGAUUUGAGAGCAGAGAAUUGUGCUCUGAAAGACAAGCUCAGCCAUAUGGAAGAAUGGAGCAGUGCGGUCAAGGGUCUGAAGUCUAGAUACGAUGCAAUGAAAAACCAGUUUGAUGAGCUUGAAAGGAAGAAAACAGAAGCGGAAUUAGAUGUGGCCCCGUUAAAGGCCAAGCUGGCGUGCAUAGUGCAGAAAUGUCAUGACAGGAACAGCCUGAUCAUUCAGAUGGUCAGGGUGCUGCGCAGACAUGGUGUGAUCGACCUCAGUCUGAUUGAAGAGGCCGAGGACCUGGUGAAUGACACCGCACUGUUUGAGUACUCCAAGGCUUUUAGUGCUGCACACGGCAGUCAGGACUUUUAUGAAGAUGUAUGGGUCAACGAAAAGAUGAAUGAAAAAGAAGGUUUUCUGCAGAGUUCCCUCUCCAGUGGCAGGGGGAGCCUCCCAGAUCUGGACGGGUCUCUGAAUUACAGAUCCUGUGUAGCCAAAGCUGAUUUUACCCCUUCCCCUGACAUGCCAAGGACAGUGCUGCCAACUCUGCCUCUAUCUGCUGGGGAAGCAGUCCAGGUCACAGGCAUGCCAGACAGUCAUGGGCUAUACCAUGCAGAAGUGAAGGGAGAGGUGGGGCUGGUACCAGCUUGCUUUUUGGAAGAGGGGGGUGGCCUACAUGAAGUGUACAUGCCUCGUAGCAAGUGUGCCAGUCCAAGCCCAAGGUUAACUAGUCCAGAGAGGAUCAUACACCUGCAUCAGCAGCUGCACCAAUCACAUCGCAGCAAUUACCAGGUGGCCUCAUCUGCUACUUCUGAAUCCAAUUCUGAGACAGACCGCAGUACUCUCUCCACCCCCUGUCUAGUCCAAGAUGGCACAUCCCUCCCUACAGGAACACAGGUCAAGAAUGAACUGGAACAACCUGGCUGCGCCAUUCGCUCUCAGACAAGGGGGGACGUGCAGAGUCCAAACAGUGAUGACCAAGUGAAGGGUCAGAUUAAUGAGCCAAGUGGAAGAUAUAACAACCAAGCUAGGAGAGAUGCAGGAUUCGAACUUGAUGACACAUGGCUCUCUAGGGAGAAUGCAGAUUGCUCACACUCAGCAGCAGCAAGGAGCAAUUUGUCAGACUUUUCAUUACUAAACAACACCCAAGGGAAGGAUGUCAAGGGGGCAAGGUCCAGUAAAGUACUCAUGAAAGGAGCUAUAGGAGUAAAGCAAGCACCCCCAUCACCUGUUGGCUCAGUCCAGAUUAUAAAGACCGUGGGGCAAAGCAGUCUGAUGAUAGGCUGGGAGAGACCUUCAGUGGACGAGCUGGGUUGCAGCAACGGAACUUUCAUUCAUGGUUACAGGAUAUAUGUCGAUGGGGAAUUUCACAAAUCUGUCAUGAGCUCAGCCUGUACUAAGGCUGUGUUGGAGAACCUCGAUCUGUCUGUACCAUUUCAAAUCGGCGUUCAGACGCUCGGUGCCAAUGGUCUGGUUGCUGAAAAGGUCCACUGUCACUUUCAGAGCAUCAGUAUGUCCCCCGAGGGAGCUGUGUCAUCCCCGGAGCCCAGUAACUCGCUCGGUCAUCAGUGCUGUGGCAGAUCUCAGCAGAAUAUCAGCCAGCCUCUUCAGUGCACAUCAUUUUCACAAUACGCAGGUGUUAAACCAACUAUGUUUGUUGCCAUCUACAGUUACAGUCCCCUGAAAGACAGCCCCAACAUUCAUCCGAGUCGAGAGGUGGCCUUUAAGGAAGGGGACACAGUCUGGGUUUUUGGAAAACCCAGACGGGAUGGCUUCUGUGAUGCAGAGGCUAAUGGAAGACGAGGUCUGGCCCCUAUAGCGUUUCUCGAAGAGGUUAAUUUUGGACUGCCAAGGAAGUUUAAGGAAAAAACACGAAGACCAUCAGCUCCCACACCAGGGUUUGAUGAGAUUUACUGUGUGGCCAGCUCCUCUGAAGUGCCAUCGAUUAAAGCCCUAGAACAUAAGUUACACAGCAGAAAGAUAUAGUAUAAUUGGGCCUCCAAAAAUUAAAUGGGGUUGAAAAAUGAGUGGAGAACCUGUGAACACACCAGUCUAUGCAGUCCUCCAUGCUGAGGUCCACUCCUGCCCCUUCAUGACUGCUGCUUUGUGUCUAUACAAUGUUUCUGACCUUCAUUUGACUCUAAAGCUUGGUGCUACUGUUCAAUGGCGAUAAAGGUCUUGUGCUGGAGCUUUGCCUCCCCUACGUGCUAAAACUGUGUUCACACAAGUGUUGCCAACUUACCUUGACAAAGAUUACAUUAUUAUUCCAACUGUUAUCUGUUUACUGAACUUUACCACUGCUUGUGAUGAACUUUCUGCUCAAUGCAUUGUCACUGUUCAUAUACUUUUUAGUUAAACCAUUAAGUAAAAUUGCUGCUGUAACCAUCGUCAGGGUUUUAGUAUGUUAUUAGAUAAAAAUGCAGUCUUUUUAUUAUUCGUACAAGUUUCAGAAUUGGAACUAAAAUAUAGGUACAUAUUUACCAAUAUGAGCUGUCCUAUUGGGUUUCAGCACACCACAAGGCUCUUGGGUUUAUCUAUCACAUUGUUUAAGAACAGUGAGAUUUGUGUCCAGAUGUUCACAUUUGCUGUCAGUUUCAUAUUAACUCAGGAAUGCCUGUGUUUAUCUAUAGCAUCAUGACCUAGUAUGUAUACUUUGAGAAGUGUAGAGAAUUGAAACAGAUCACCCAAUUGUUAAUAUAAUAACCUAAGUUUAUGUACCUAAUAGGCAAAUCAUUGAACUGUGAAAUAACAACCUAUACAAUUAUAAAGAAAAAGAAAACCUAAAUUAAUAUACUGCAUUCCAUUAUCUUGGCACGAUUUUUUGGAACCAACAAAAAUACUGCAGGUUACCAGUUUAAUACUAAACUAGUUUUAAAUGAUUCACGUGCAAAACCUCUAAAUUCGACCUUGUCUUGAAUCACUUACAUAAAAAAAAACACUGAUUGACAUUAUAUACACUAUGCCACCAACUCAACAAGCCUUAAGUGGAUUCAAAACCGUUUGUGCUCCAACAUGCAACAUUUGAAACGAUGCAAGACAACUGAUAGAUGCAACUGUCUGUUAUUGACAAAGAGAACUGAUAUGGUGCUCAUUUUAAAACUUAAUUUACAAACUAAUUGAAAUGAGACUAACUGAACAUAAUUUAAUAUGUCAAUAUUACCCUCUUGAAUUGACAGUAAAAAUUAUAAUAGAUUGUUUUGUCAUUGGCACACAGUUAGCAUGGUUUUCUCACAGUGGCCUUUCUUAGUAAUGGCGUCCCUUAACAUUAAUCCAUUAAUCUGGCUGUAAUGCUAGUUUUUGGUUAUACCAAGCAGAGUGUUCAUUUACAUAAUGGAUUAUCGGUUAAAUCCUUUGGAAAUCCUUUAGUGCCUUAUGGAGGCAGAGAGUGAGCAGACUUUAGGAUUACACUACAACACUGUCAUGCUGUCCAUUAUUCAAGAGCUUAAGAAUAAAAUACAUCUGGGGCAAUUUUUGAAGCUUUGCACCUUUUUUUCUAAAAGGAGAAAACUUCUAUUAAAGUUACAAAACUACAAACGAACAACUCAAAAAUUAUAUUUAAACACUGUUAUUAAUUAUUGAGUUAUACGGUAUGUUGGUAAUUCUGUAACAUUUAAUGAAUAUUAUUUUCUACUAUCAAGAAAGUAAAUGGCUUUAAAAAUAUCCCCUAUUGUGCCUUGGGUUUUUGAAAUAAUAUUAGUAUUAAGAGUUUUUUUUUUUAAAUUUAGAUACAGAAUCACCUAUAUUUAACCCUACAUAUGUAGGUAUUUGUUAUAAUUCAGUGUCGUUUUUGUAUGUAAACCCCAUUUCCUUCACUGGAUUGCUGUUUAGUACUGCAAUGUGCUGAAAAUAUGUAUAUACAUUUUUUUAAUGUAAUGAGUAAAUCUGUACCUUCAUUGUUUUUAAGUUUUGUAUCACAGAUGUAUAAUUAACUAUGCCUAAAUGAAAUGCAAAUGUGUGAACAAUGUACUUAAAUCAAAUGUAUUUUUGUAUGUUGAGUUGUAAAUGAUUUAUAUAUACAUUUUGUAAAAACUGUAAAAGUAUGCAUUUUAUUAAAAUACAAAUCUAAAAAAAAAGAAACCAAUUCAAAUUAAACCAAGUUAUCAUGUCUUACGUAAUAAUUGUUUUUAAAAAGUUAGUUCUUUCUGUCCUGUACCAUACACAUGACCCAUCUCUGUAUAAAACACAAUAUUUAUAAUAGUAAUAAAAACACAGUUUUAAUGAAUAGAUUUGGGUACAGAAAGAACUGUGCUCAAAGAAUCUUCUCAAUUCAAAAAUAUGUAUAUUUAAUAAGAGUGAAAUUGCUCGCAUCACUUGAUUUUCAUGGUGUGGUAUCCGAAGCAGAAUCAACAAGUACAUUAUCUGUAAUUGACAAACCCAGGACCUGAAGACCCAAAAAGCUGUCUAACAGGGAUGAGCAAUACUUGAAGAUAAUAUCCUUAAGGAAUAGAAAUAAAACAAGCGUUGAAUUGAUAACAGAACUGGCAGAAGGCACAGGUGUUGUCCAUCAAAUCAAUCGACUUUUUAUAUGAAAUAUAGUAUAUAUAUUUUUUUAUAAGUAAUUAUAAAAGUGUUACGUUGUUCCCACUAGUUGUAUUGUAUGUAUCAUUUUCAUACUCUGUGCCGCUUCGGAACCCAGUGUUCCAGCCGGUUUUGUCUAUACAGCUGUUUAUUGCACGGAACGGGAAAUGAAAGGUCGGUUUGGUUGUUUUUUUUUUUCAAUAGUGUUAUGAUGUCCUCACUUAGUUGUAUUGUGUGCAUUAUUUUCAUACUCUGUGCAGCUUUGGAAUGCCGUGUUCCGGCCGGUUUUGUCUAUAAAGCUGUUUAUUGCACGGAAUGGGCAGUUAAAGGUCGGUUCGGUGGGUUUUUUCAAUAGUGUUAUGUUGUUCCCACUUAAUUGUAUUAUGUGUAUAAUUCUCGUCGUCUUUGCACCUUCAGAACCCAGUGUUCCGGGAGCUUUUGGGUGAUAAAAAGAGGGUUCUGGCCCGGAACGGGUUAAUGACAGCGCGUUAUGAAUCGGUUCUGAUUGUUAAAAUAUUCUCCUCACGUGUGUCUAACUUUUUAUGCUGUUUUUAAAGCAAUUGCAUUAAUUAAAGUACCGUUCCGGGCCGUUCCGUCUCGUUCCGGCUUUUACCCCAUCCCUGAUGUGAGCGAGGUCUCUGGGUCUCUAAUCAACUCUCCCGGUGACAGGGAGGACAAAACGCCGGGAUUAGGAAUCAGUUACCCGACCGGGAAAGAGUUUCUGCAGGACUAGGAGAAUGGAAAGUUACGAUCCAGACACAAACUGAUUUUUUUUAUAUCAAUAUUAUAUAGAGCAUUCCAUUGCAGGCAUGUGUUUGAUUGUAUUUAUUGGCAUUUUUCAAGUGCAAAGAUGUCAUAUGGAAACGUGUUUGGAAUCAUAUUGAUCGAAUUCAUUUCUGUAUUAUAUCACCUCUUUCACCCAGUAAUGUGCUAACCCUAAAGGUAAAUGUUUCCUGAUUUUAAAAAAAUGUAAUCCUACUGAUUAAUCCAAUUGAGAGUUUCCUUUCUGUACCAAAUGCAAGGAAUAUUUUCAAACACCAGUAUAUUACAACUGAGGAAGUCAGCACUUCCGGUCACUUUUUUUUUUUUAAGUAACAAAAACGCUUAUUCACUGCCAAACAUGAACUACUUUAGAUGGCUGCAGUAUAGGAUACUGACCUUGGGUUUAGGGUUUCGGCGUUGGUAGAAGUUUAUUUAUUGUUUUUAUUAACGAUAAUAUGAUAACCAUUCAGAGUGCAGUGGCCUGACAGGAACAUUUGGUGGUACCUUUGUAAGACAGCUAAUAAAAGACUCUUAAGUGCCGUGCGUCGUAAGUCGAAGCGUCAUAAAUCGAGGAGCAGAAAAACGUGUAUGUGUUAAGGUAAAAGUCAGAAUAGAGUAAUCCGUUGCAUAUCUGACUGCGGUGGGACCAGAGUAAGGGCGGAUAUGUAAAAAGUUGGAUGAAUGAAUCCUGUUUUAAAUACCAUUAUACACAGCUGUAACAAUUACUGUGUUCAUAUCAUUAUUGUUUUGAGAUUCAGCUUUUAUUAGGGAGCUCCCCUAAAUUCCUUGUUUAGAAAGAUACAGGGUAUUAGCUUCUGACAGAGUAGCCGUCUGCCAUGUGAGUGUGCGUGCAUUAGCUGCUGAGUGACAGGCAGGAGAUCAAGACUGAGGUUGAAGUUGAUACGCCCCGCAAACAACAGGAUUUAUUUUCAUAUCAAAACACUGAACAGCUCACGUGACACUACCAGCAAUGGCAGCGCAUGGAGCACAUAAGAAGAACAUAAGAAAGGUUACAAAUGAGAGGAGGCCAUUCAGCCCAUCUUGCUCAUUUGGUUGUUAGUAGCUUAUUGAUCCCAGAAUCUCAUCAAGCAGCUUCUUGAAGUGUAAUAAACUCAGUAACUUUCUAAUUAUUGACUCAGAGAAACGGCACACGUACACUUACUCCAAUUAAGUGUUCUUUUAUUUUUCUGUACAAGAAGGUGCUCAUGCUAGCCUGGACCGGAACUAGAAUCUGGGCAGGACGUGGCUCCCCAUGACCCAUGACCCCUUCAGCUAUUGGAGCUGUACCAGGGAUCAUGUUACAAUAACUCAACUGGAAUAAAACGUAACUAAAACCCAGGGGACUAACUAUCAAUAUUCCACAUGAAGGAUCCCAGAGUUUCUGCUUCAACAACAUUACUGGGGAGUUGGUUCCAGACUUCCACAAUUCUCUGUGUUAAAAAGUGUCUCCUAUUUUCUGUUUUGAAUGCCCCUUUAUUUAAUUUGCAUUUGUGAAAAUAUCUUUUCAAAUUUUGAAUGCUUGAAUCAGAUCGCCGUGUAGUCUUCUUUGUUUAAGACCGAACAGAUCAAAUGCUUUUAGCCUGUCUGCAUAUGACAUUUCUUUUAAACCAGGAAUGAUUCUGGCUGCUCUUCAACACAAACACAGGGUACGAAAACUUUGGUAGGAUUUACAAUCUCCAAACUAAUUUUCUCUGUUCAAUAAUAAAUUAACGUUGCUGAAGAGCUUGCUCAUGGUGUAUAAACAGUUGGGGCGGAUAUAUGAUGGGCGGAUGCGACUGAUUACUGUAUUGUCAAAAACUGGUAAAAGUAGACAUUUACCAAGAAAAACGAUAAUUGCCUGAAAUACACAUAAUGCUUUAUUUCAGACAUUUACUGGUAAAUCUCAAGAAUGGCCAAGUGGCUUUGGCUAAUGACCAAAUGUCUAGCAAGAGUCUACAUACUGCUGUAAGUAAGUACAUAGAUCUAUUUAGUGCCUGUAUUUGUUGCAUUUUGUGUCAUAUAACAGAAAGUGUGAUUUUCUGUUGAAAAAAUGAAGGUCCUAAAUGGUUCAAUUUGUAUUUAACAGAAUGUUAUUUUUCAUUAAACUACUACGUAUUUGGAGUACAAUAUCCUUCAACACCAUGUGAAUUGUUUUAUAUGCAGAUUUACCAGAAUGUUUAUUGUUCUUCAUAAGUGUAUCACAAUAUUGUUCACUACCAUGCUGAGUUGCUAAAUUGUGCAUUACUGUAAGCUCAUUAGUGAUUAUUUUGUUAAUGGAAAAUGUGUAUGCAGAAAUAAAUAUAUUGUUUGACAUUCAUGUUUUUUUUGUUAAUGGAACAUUUGUAUGCAGAAAUACAUUAUUGUUCAACAUCAGUGUUUUUUGUUAAUAGAAAAUGUGUA